ACUAAACUGGAAUUCUCUGACGAUGGGUACAUUCGACGCUCAAAGUUCUCCCGUCUCGCGUGACCGAACAGCCACGUAGCUUAUCAUACAGGAAAACCCUGAAGCGUGCGAGCAGUUGGACGAAGAAGAGAAUAUGUAUCUCGAGGGGAGAGAUAAGGAUAAGCGUGAAGCAAAAAAAAAGAAGUAACGAGAUGAAGGAGGAUGGAAAUGGAGCUGCCAAUGAAAAGAGGUAUUCUAGGAGGCAUUACAGUUCUUCCAACCAUCAAGACGAGCCUAUCGAUCUACUUCCUUCCCGUUACGUACAAAUAAAUUAUAUUUUCCCGGGAAUACGUUGCCACGCCGCCACGUAAGUAAAAGACGAAACUCAUAACGGUAUAGAGAAUGGCAGAUGUGCAGCGGUAACAGCUUCGCGACUAUCGUAAUAUCAUAAUUAUUAUCUUGCCUUAUCAUCUACGUGAUAUGUACUUAAGUAAUGCUUUAUUUCUCCAAGAAAAACAUAGUAUCUGUAACGCAAGGUAGUAUGGUCUGUAAACAUUAAUACGCGUUUCAACGGAGAGAGGAACGAACUGUAGAGGUUAUACGAAAGUACAGUCGACUCGAUUAAAUUGUACGUCAUUCGAUACUCGUUUGCAGCGGGAAUUAUGCAAAGCGGUAUAUCUUCCCCUGACGACAAGAAAGUAAAGUCCGCUUAACGUUAUGCGUUAGUAUCCAUUUGCUACGAGAGAGAGAGAGAAGCUACGAUACAGGAACGGUGUUAGGAUUAAAUUAAUGUAAAUAUAUAUACAUGUAGUAUGCUUAUACAUACAAACAUGAAGACCGGACUCUGGUCUUUAUGUAUUCCUUUGUUUUAUUCAUUUUCCGCAGUCUUUUAUGUGAUUCUUUAUCCUGUUACAUAAUCUUCUAUCUUGUUCUUGUAUUCGCGCGUUUAUUUAUAUUUAUACCGAAGGCGCUUUACCUCUCACCCGUUUACCGUUUCAAGCGCCUAUUUUGCCUUCGGGUUUAUGUUGGUUACUGAACGACUGUGAACAUAUUACAAAAUGUGGUAAUUUAGUGCUCGUUCUAUCUCUUUGCUCCAUGUUUGCCACAUUAUUUUUUUAGUCGCGCCUCGAGGCAACGGCGAAAAUACUUCUAUGCUAAUGUAAACCGAGUAGCGAAAUGGUUUAAUCUGUUUGAGCGCCAUUGGGAAAUAAAGCUUAAUUAAUGAGCUCAAGCUUUUUUGUUGUUAGCGUUUCUACCGGAUCUCUUUUUCUAGGCUGUACUGACCAGACUGGAUAAUAAAAGCGGAUGCGAGCUGGGAGUAAAAAAUGUAUUUCAAUUACGUAUGGAUUUCCCUCUGUCGGUGAGAGACCGAACUAGCUGUGCAAUGACGCUUCACGCGAGAUUUGUGUUUGCAAAAGGAAUGUUCGAUAAACUUAAGUGUCAGAUUUGUUGACGUGGUGGAUUUGGGUUACGGAUGGUGUGAAAAGUGGGAUUUUGUGAGAGUUUUCAGAGCUAUCAGAAUUUGUGAAAGAUUUCAUUAGUUUCGGAGUGACGGUAAUUGACGAGGCUAACCUCAAUAUGAGUUACAACAAGAAAGUCUCGUAUUUCUAUAAUCCUGACGUAGGAAACUUUCAUUAUGGACCUGGUCAUCCCAUGAAACCUCAUAGACUCUCUGUUAUUCAUAGUCUUGUUCUUAAUUAUGGACUGCACAAAAAGAUGCAAAUAUAUAGACCAUAUAGGGCCAGUACACACGAUAUGUGCCGGUUCCAUUCGGAUGAGUACGUGGAUUUUUUACAACGAGUGACACCCCAGAAUCUACAGGGUUACACCAAGUAUCUCAGUCAUUUUAACGUUGGAGAUGACUGUCCAGUGUUUGAGGGUCUCUUCGACUUUUGUUCCAUGUACACUGGAGCUUCUCUCGAAGGUGCCACAAAGCUGAAUAAUAAUUGCUGUGACAUUGCAGUUAACUGGAGCGGUGGACUACAUCAUGCUAAGAAGUUUGAAGCUUCAGGCUUUUGUUACAUUAAUGAUAUUGUCAUAGCUAUUUUGGAGUUGCUCAAAUACCAUGCUCGAGUCCUAUACAUUGAUAUCGAUGUACAUCACGGAGAUGGAGUUCAAGAAGCUUUUUAUCUAACAGAUCGAGUAAUGACUGUCUCCUUCCAUAAAUAUGGCAACUACUUUUUCCCAGGAACUGGUGAUAUGUAUGAAAUUGGAGCAGAGAGCGGUCGUUACUAUUCUGUAAAUGUUCCCUUAAAGGAAGGUAUCGACGAUACAUCCUAUGUCCAAGUGUUUAAGCCUGUCAUAUCCCAUGUGAUGGAGUUCUUCCAGCCCACAGCAAUAGUUUUGCAAUGUGGAGCAGAUUCCCUGGCCAAUGACCGCUUAGGAUGCUUCAGUCUAAGUACCAAGGGACACGGUGAAUGUGUUAAGUUUGUCAGAGACUUAAAUGUGCCUCUCCUAGCAGUAGGUGGUGGUGGUUACACAUUAAGAAACGUUGCUCGAUGCUGGACUUAUGAGACAUCCCUAUUACUGGACGAACAAAUAAGCAAUGAACUACCAUACACAGAAUACCUGGAGUACUUUGCACCAGACUUCACCUUACACCCAGAAGUAGUAACGCGUCAAGACAAUGCCAACAGUAAACAAUACCUCGAAGCAAUCACAAGGCAUGUCUACGACAAUUUAAAAAUGGUCCAGCAUUCCCCAAGCGUACAAAUGCAAGACGUGCCUUGCGACGCAUUACCUCCAGAGGAAGACAGACAACCCGAGCCUGACCCAGACUCCCGGCAAAAUACCCAAGACACAGACAAAAUGGUGGAACCAGCCAACGAGUAUUACGCGGGCGAAAAGGAUCAGGAUAAACUCGACGUGAAUGAGACGUGACUGACCAGGAAACAGUCGGAGCAUCUUCGACUACGAACACUUCAACCAGAAGAGUAACGACCCUGAAACUUUGGAAUUUGUAUCAUUGAUAAUUGUUCAAGAGCCAGGACAAGAAUAUCCACAGGAUAUUCAAACAAACCUAAUUUGUAUAUAGCCAAUCACAUAAGGACGAUAAGACAAAGUAUGUCUAAAAUGCUAGAGUCCUAUGGACGUCAAAGAAUCAAUAAAUUUUAUUAAUGCGAA